AUGUUUAAGCUCAAUAUCGGCUCCAAGAAGCCACUGACGUCUGGCUAUGACAUUCCUUCUCUCAGUUUUGGUCUGGCAGAUAUUGACAGCGCCUUCAUGUACCGCAACGAAGCUAGCUGUGGCGAUGCUAUCAAGAGCUCUGGCGUCCCCCGCGAGGACAUCUUCUUCACCACCAAGAUCUACGGCGGCAAGCAGAUGUCGCAUGAAUACGCCGCCAAGCAGAUCGACCAGACCAUCGCGAACUCCGGCCUCACCUACGUCGAUCUGACUCAUCCACUCUCCCGACGGCGGCCCAGCCGCAAUUACGGCGUGCACCAUCUUGAUGAGCUGGAACAGCACAUCAAGGAGCUGGAGGAGGAGCGUGGUGGGAAGGGCAAGGGUGGCGUGGUCUCAGUCGGCCAGUGGGAGAUUCAUCCGUGGCUACCACGUAGUGAUAUCGUCGAGUGGUGCGUCAAGAGAGGCGUGGUGAUCGAGGCCUAUUCUCCUCUUGUGCGCGGCGAGCGCAAGGACGACGAGGUUUUCACAAAGCUGGCGAUGAUGCAUGGAAAGUUGUGGGCGCAGUGCCUAAUAAGGUGGAGUCUGCAGAAGGGAUACGUCCCAUUGCCGAAGAGCGUGACGUCGGCGCGUAUCGAGCAAAAUGCGCAGGUUUAUGACUUCGAGCUUGGUCCCGAAGAUAUGGAGCUUCUCAACUUUGAUGAGUACCAGCCCACCUUUUGGGACCCAACAGUGCAGCCCCGGAGAAGUAGGCAGGAUUCGGGGAUGUAUUGGGCUAGUUUCACUUAUAGCGAUGGAUUAAUCUUAGACGCGAAUUCCUCUCAAGAUAUCUGA